UUGUUUGGUUGAUACUUUAUAUGUGCACAAAUAUGAAUUUACCACUUAACAAUAACACUACACUGCUUUCCAAUCUGUUGACUAUAUCAAGUGAUCAUAGCAACCCUUUUAUUCCACAAGUACAUUCAGGACAAUGCUCUCGCCGGAGCUCGUGGUUGAGCCGGUACCCGAUGGGAUCUUCACAUCUUAUGGCUCAUCCGAUCCUCAGUUUCAUUCUUGGGUCAUGGUUGAUUAUUUUCCAGACAAUAAUAACUCCGGUGAAAAUGAAGAUGGAUUAGGAACCCUUAGCAGAGUUGACGAGCCCACGCCCACCAAUUCGCUUCCAGAGGAGCUUGUUCCGCCCUUUUCUCCGGUUUCUAAUUUUAUUGAUCAGGUCAACGAUGAUGGUUCCGGUAUCGUUAAGCUUCUUGCUGAGCAGAACUUGGAGAAAACACUUAUUGAAUUCAAACCACAAAUAAAGCCAAAUCAGAUAGUAGCAGCUCAGUUAUGGUUUCCAACACAAAUUGUCAAGAAAAACGCACUGAGAUCCUCACAACGUAACAUAACCGGUACCUGGACCGAAACCCAACGGUUUAUGACGGAUGUGAGCGAAGGUUACUUGUGUGAAUCAUUAACUCGAGUUUAUUCCUGUGAUAGAAAAACUAAGACAGGUCGCUCAUUCAACUUCAUUGAUAACCUAAUCCCUUACUUAUCUGCUACGGAAGAGGUAACUUAUCUCCUAAACAGGCAGGUUUCUGUAUCUGCAUUUCGACUUAGGAUUCCUCAAUGGGCUCCUAAUUUGCAUAUUUACAAGUCAGCUGGUAAUCGAAACGAUAUAAAAGGACCAAAACCAAGUCUUUCACAGGGAAACUAUAUCAUCUGUGGAACAUUGGCUAUACCUGUUUUUGAUCCUUAUACUAAUGUUUGCGUUGGAGUUUAUGAAGUUGUAAUUGCAUCUACUGAAGUUGACCAUGAUGUCAUUGCUAUAAUCUGCAACCUUCUUAAGUCUCAGUCUUCUUUAAAUCUUUUGCAGACAGUAAACCUUCGUGCAGACACUCAGUUUCAUUACCAACCUCGGCAAAGAAUUUUAGCAGAGAUUUUGAAAAUAAUAACCAAGGUAUGCGAGAAUCACGAUUUACCUUUGGCUCAGACUUGGAUGCCUUGUACGUGUUGCGAUCAAAGCAGCAAAGAGCAACAACUGUGCAUGUCUAAUGCUGAGUUGCCCUUUUAUAUGAGAGACUCUUCUUACUAUCCCUUUUGGCAAGCCAGUACCAUGUAUCACAUGACCGAAGGACAAGCUGUUGCUGGAACAACAUUUUCAUCAAAGGGAUUGUGUUUUUGUAGGGAUAUAACCCGGUUUCCUGACAACUUCUCGUUGGUGUCUUUGUCACGAGAAUUUAAACUUUCUUGCUCAUUGGCUGUUUGUUUAGGGAGUUCCUAUGCGAACAAUGAUGUCUAUAUUGUUCAGUUCUUUUGGCCGAAUACCUUAAAAAAGACGCUAGAAGAAGAUGAUGAAAUGGUUAUGUCCAUUACAAUGGGAAUCAAACAACAAUUUGAUAAGCUAAGUAUGGUUUCACCAACUUAUCAGGAGUUAGAGGCUGAAAGCGAGCAAGUUGUUUAUAGUACGAAACAUAUCGAAAGUGACGGUAAUGGGGACGAGUUUUUUACGUUAUUAUCAAAUACAAUGACAGGAGAAGAAGAGCACAGUAAAGUCAGCAUCAAACAACCAGAAGAAAUCUCUUUUAAUUUGUUAAAUGAAGAAACCAAAUGUAUUGAUCAUGGAAUUGAAGUUGUUGAUCGCAAGGUUUCGAAAAAAUCCAGGAAGAAGUUCAUUGUGUCCAAGGAAGAUUUGUUGCCCUAUUUCAAAGGGACAUUAACUGAAGCAGCACACCACCUUGGGGUAUCAAAAUCUACCCUAAAAAGGAAAUGCAAGGAUUUGAAAAUCGAAAACUGGCAAGAUGAGCGAAAGAAAAAGGGGAUUGGUGUUCCCGCAAGGAAGAAAAGAACAACUAAACGUAAAUUGCACGAAGAAAUGGAGUUCAUAGAAGAGGAAUUCUAACAAGAAUUUAGUGGCAAUUGCUAAUAAGGGAGUAUAUCCAUUUGCUACAAGGAAGAUGGCAACUGACGAGUCAAGAAGCAGACUUCGCGGUCGUGUAGGCAUGGAAGAAAAUGAAUCUGAUACUCUAAUAGGGAGAAAUGUCGUUGUCAUCUUAUAAUAUAAAGCUAAUUGUGCAAGCGGCCUAGUAGUGUGCUAAAACCAAUGGCUCUUUCACUUUUGCUUUAGCAAUAUUCUAUGUCACUGGUUUGUAAAGAUUUUAUUAGCCCUUGGGAAAUCUUGUCUUUAAUUAUGAAUAUGAAGUAGCUGAAAGCCUUUCAACCAAAAAAAACAAACAAAAAAGUGCAGGCAGUUAGGAAUAUAUCAACGAAAAACAAGAAAUGGAGGAAAGUGUUUUCGUUGUACUACAAAAUGUAAGGAUUUUGAAAUUGCAAGGAGUCUCUUUAGCACUGUAUGGAAAUGUAAUAAAUAAAUACAUGAGUACCCGUGGUACAUGUAAAAUGUUACCUGAAUUUUCUUCU